AUGGCAGUGAGCACGCGGAUCCAGGCUGCAGGCCUCCUGUCCCUCCUCCUGGCCGGCCUGGCCAGUGGCUGGGUUCUUCCGCACCAGACAGGACAGCUCGCAGCCCUGCAAGCCCAGGACGCAGCUGGAGCCGAGGCUGGCUUGAUGCCCACGCUCCCGAGGCUGAGGAGGCGAGACGCCCACUUCCCCAUCUGCCUGUUCUGCUGUGGCUGCUGUGAUAAAUCAAGGUGUGGGAUAUGCUGCAAGACCUAGAGCCUCCCCGGCCCGCCCCCCCCCCCCCGCCCCGACGCGGUCCUCCCUGCCCCUUGUAUUUAU